CUCUUGUUGUUCUCACUGUGCGUGCGUGCAGCUCUCGUGGGCGCUCUCUCUCUCUCUCGCUCUCUAUCUUUAAAACCAACAGAUCGCUCAACACGUGGGCACAAGUUAAAACAGCAAAAACAAAUUAAUAACAUUUUGUGUAUAAACGUGCGCAGUUUUUGAUUGCUUUGUUAGGAAUUUUGCAAAGCAAAAACAGAAAAGUAUAUAAAAAAUGUCGCAUAGCGUGUUGGUCAUUGGAAGCGGCGGACGCGAACACGCCAUCUGUUGGAAACUCAAUCAAUCACCACAAGUGGCGCAGAUCUAUGCGCUUCCCGGCAGCUUUGGCAUUUCUCAGCUGUCCAAGUGCCAGAAUCGUGCUGAUGUUUUGGAUGCGAAGGAUUUUGAGGCCAUUGCCAAGUGGUGUAAGCUAAACAAUAUCUCGCUGGUUUCCGUGGGACCCGAAGAACCAUUAGGGUUGGGCAUAGGCGAUGUACUACGACAAGCGGGCAUCGCUUGCUUUGGCCCCGGCAAACAAGGUGCUCAAAUCGAGGCGGAUAAAAAGUGGUCCAAGGACUUUAUGCUUAGACAUGGCAUUCCAACGGCAAGAUAUGAGAGUUUCACGGAUGUGGUUAAAGCCAAGAAGUUUAUACGCAGCGCACCCUAUGCCGCUCUGGUGGUCAAGGCAGCUGGUCUGGCGGCCGGCAAAGGCGUUGUAGUUGCCGCCAAUGCGGAUGAGGCUUGUCAGGCUGUCGAUGACAUUCUAGGCAAUCUUAAGUAUGGCCAGGCAGGCGCCACUCUGGUGGUUGAGGAGCUUCUGGAGGGCGAGGAGGUUUCACUGCUGGCCUUUACCGAUGGCAACACGAUCCAGGCGAUGCUUCCAGCUCAGGAUCAUAAGCGUAUUGGAACUGGCGAUACGGGACCCAAUACUGGCGGCAUGGGCGCCUAUUGCCCCUGUCCAUUGAUCAGUAAACAGGCCUUAGAGCUGGUCCAACGUGCUGUUCUGGAACGUGCCAUUAAGGGAUUGUCCCAGGAACGUAUUCCCUAUCAGGGAGUUCUCUAUGCGGGUCUCAUGCUGACACGCGAUGGUCCCCGUGUCCUGGAGUUCAACUGUCGCUUCGGUGAUCCCGAAACUCAGGUUAUACUCUCUCUACUGGAGUCCGACUUGUUUGAGGUUAUGCAGGCCUGUUGCAGUGGCACCCUCAACAAGUUAACCUUGCAGUGGCGCAACAAUCUAAGUGCCGUGGGUGUGGUCGUGGCCAGUGCUGGUUAUCCGGAAACAUCAACCAAAGGAUGCCCAAUUCAAGGCUUUCCCGAUACCAUUAAAGACAACCGACUGAUUUUGCACAGUGCUAUAGCCGUAAAUGCGGAUAAGAAGCCGAUAACAAAUGGAGGUCGUGUGCUCAUUGCGAUCGCAUUGGAUGCCGAUCUAAGGGAAGCAGCAGCUCAAGCAACCAAAAUGGCGGCUGGCAUCAGAUUUGAGGGAUCGACAACACAAUAUCGCACGGAUAUUGCACAAAAGGCAUUCAAAAUGGUGUCAACUCCAUCGCUCAGUUAUAAGGACAGUGGCGUGGAUAUCGAUGCUGGCGAUGCUUUAGUUCAACGCAUCAAACCACUUUCCCGUGGCACCCAACGUCCUGGCGUUCUUGGUGGUUUGGGUGGCUUCGGUGGACUUUUUCGGAUCAAGGAUCUGAGUUACAGUCAACCCAUCAUUGCGGAAACAACUCAGGGAGUGGGUGCCAAAAUUCAGCUGGCCCUGCAUCAUGAACUCUACGAUCACAUUGGCUACGAUCUCUUUGCCAUGGCUGCCAAUGAUCUGCUGGAAUUUGGGGCUGAGCCGGUUGCAUUUUUGGACUACAUUGCCUGCGGCAAGCUGCAGGUUCCGCUGGCCGCACAGCUUGUCAAGGGGAUGGCCGAUGGCUGUCGGGAUGCUCGAUGCGCUCUCGUAGGUGGUGAGACCGCUGAAAUGCCCUCUCUUUAUAAGCCUGGUCAGUACGACAUGGCCGGCUAUUGUGUGGGUCUCGUUGAGGAGUCACGUGUGCUGCCACGCUUCGAUCUGUAUCAGCCGGGUGAUCUCCUGGUGGGUCUACCAUCAUCCGGACUGCACUGUGCUGGAUUUAAUGAAAUCUUGACCCGUCUGGACGGGGUGAAUCUCAAGGAAUCCUCCCCAGUGGCUGGCGCCCAUCGUGGACUCAGUUUGGCCCAGGUGCUUGGCGCUCCAACGCAACUGUAUGUGCAACAAUUGUUGCCACAUCUGCAGGCUGGUGAGAUUAAAGGCGUGACACAUGUGACCCAUGGAUUGCUUAAUGAUGUGGCACGAUUGGUGCCCAAGGAAUUUGAGGUGGUGUUGGACUUUGGUGCAGUGCCCAUACCACAGAUCUUUGGCUGGCUAGCGGGUCGACUUCAGCUCAGUGCGGAUGCGUUGCUGGAGCGGCACAAUUGCGGCAUUGGCAUGCUGCUGGUGCUGCCCCGGUCAAAUAAUGAAAUGUGGCGUCAAACCUUGCCUGGCGCCAAGGUGCUCGGCGUGUUGCAACAACACAAGGAAAGUCAAAAUUCACCACGUCUCCGUAUGCGCAACUUUAAGGAACAGUUGGAGAAAUUGGCCAAACCAUUUGGUGGUUUGGGAGACCAACAACUGCUCCCGGAGGGAUUAGAACACGCGAAGCCAUCCUCGCCAGCGACGCGUGACAAUUGCUUUGAGAAUGCGGCAGGUCGUCGUCUCACCCGUCUGCCUGAUCACUACAAGGAUCCCAUACUCAUUCUAGGCACCGAUGGCGUCGGCACCAAGCUAAAGAUUGGCCAACAAAUCGGCCGCAACGACAGCGUCGGCAUCGAUCUGGUUGCCAUGUGUGUCAACGAUAUACUCUGCAAUGGCGCCCAACCCAUGAGCUUCUCCAGUUACUACGCCUGCGGCAAGUGGCAACAGGAUUUGGCCGACAAGGUUGUGGCAGGCGUCAACGAAGGUAUACAGCAGGCGGAGAGCAGCUUUAUAGGUUCCCACACAGCCGACAUGCCUUUGUUGUAUGAACCGCAGGUUUAUGACCUCGCCGGCUUUGCGCUGGGCAUUGCGGAGAAAGCCGGAAUCUUGCCGAGAAUGGAGGAUAUACAGCCGGGUGAUGUGCUCAUUGGAUUGCCAUCGUCGGGUGUGCACAGCAACGGGUUUAGUCUGGUGCAUGCGGUGCUGAAGCGUGUGGGACUGGGAUUAGAGGAUAAGGCUCCUUUCAGCGAUCGCACGUUGGGCGAGGAGCUGCUGGUGCCGACAAAGAUCUAUGUGAAGGCGCUGACGCCUCUGCUCGCCCAAGCCGGGCAUGGCAUCAAGGCAUUGGCUCACAUCACCGGCGGCGGCUUGACCGAGAAUAUACCACGUGUCCUGCGCAAGGAUCUCGCCGUGCGUCUCAAUGCCAACACAUUCCAAUUGCCACCGGUUUUCGCUUGGUUGGCAGCCGCUGGAAAUAUAACGGCAGAUGAGCUGCAACGCACCUACAACUGUGGACUGGGACUCGUCCUGGUGGUGAGUCCGCCCCAGGUGAACGCUGUGAUGCAACAGCUUCGCUAUGCGGAACGCGCAGUGAUUGUGGGCGAGGUCAUUGCUCGCAAGGAUGUGAAGAAGCCCCAAGUGCAGAUGCUCAACUUUGAGGAGAAUCUAAAGCGUAGCCAGAAACUGUUGACCCAGCCACGACGUCGUGUUGCGGUUCUCAUCUCCGGCUCGGGCAGCAAUCUUCAAGCGCUCAUCAAUGCGAUAAGGGACUCGGCUCAGGCUGUCCAUGCCGAGAUAGUGCUUGUGAUUAGCAACAAGCCGGAUGUUCUGGGUCUGGAACGUGCCAGCAAAGCGGGCAUUCCAUCGCUGGUCAUUUCACAUCGCGAUUUCGGUAGUCGCGAGGAUUACGAUGCGGAAUUGACGCGUCAUCUGGAGGCGGCACGUGUCGAUCUCAUUUGUCUGGCCGGAUUUAUGCGUGUCCUUAGUGUUCCCUUCGUUCGCCAUUGGCGUGGUCGUCUCAUCAACAUACAUCCCUCACUACUGCCCAAAUAUCCGGGACUCCAUGUCCAGCAGCAGGCUCUCGAUGCCGGCGAAAAGGAAUCCGGCUGCACGGUUCACUUUGUGGACGAGGGCGUCGACACCGGCGACAUUAUUGUCCAGGCCGAGGUGCCCAUUCUGGAGAACGAUGAUGUGAACUCUCUCACGCAACGUAUCCAUCAGGCGGAAUAUUGGGCGUAUCCACGGGCAUUGGCAUUACUUGCCAGCGGCGCUAUCUCUCCCAGUGCCGCGGUGAAGGUCCCCAAUAAAAAGAACUAAACUAA